AUGGAUGGAGCGGACCGGCUUUGCACGCUGCAAAUCACAAACGAACCGUAUCAAAAAGGAUCACUUCAGGAACCCCCUUGUCAGCAGACUGCACCUUCAAACAGACCGAAACUGAGUGUGUCCAGCCGGUUCCUCCGUUUAGGAAGGAAACUCCUGCUGUUCUUGUUUCUCGUGUGCGCCUUCACCUGCGUGGCCCUUUACGCGAUCGUCUCUGCCAGCUGUUGCACGGUCCUCACUUUCACCGAUGGCACCACUGCACUACAGCUUGGGCCCGCUGACUCCGCCGGCCGUUACGUCGUCGCAGCGUCCGGUAAACGAGAGAACGAGAACAGAGACCCCGACCUUGUGUUCCCUCUGUCGUCGAGAGGCCAUCAGAGUUUAUCAAAUUCUGGCCGCAACAGCAGGGUACCCCGUAACAAAAAUGUCGGGUUCGGGGUCACAAUCGGUGUUUCCCCUACAAAAGCAGGGACAAGGUCCCUUAACGGUGCUCGGGACGGAGGUCGUGGAGGCGGCCCGGCGACGACUUCGUUGCCGAAAUCACCGUUCAGGUUUGCGACGGCACCUCAGAAUAUUAAGAGAUCCGGUGGUAGAAGGGGCGGUAGCAAUGGGCGAUCAACAUCUGUGGGCACAGGGUCCGAUGUCGCUGCAGCUGUUGCCGCGUCCCACGCCUACCGGGGCCGAAUCAGUAAUGACUGGGGUCACACGAAGGGCGCUCGAGGAAGGAAUGCAAUUUUCGUCGGACGUGGAGGAAUUCCUAGUGGAGGAAAAUUAUGGAAAGCAGAAAAUACAAAAACGGCUUACGGGAAAGAUACUAUUAAUGGCAAAUCUAAAAUCAAGAACAAGGGCAAAACCCUGGUCAAUAAAAUUACUAGAGGCCAUAAGGAUAUCUCAGAAGAUGUUUGGCACUCGGCUUCGGCGAGUUCUUCAAUUGAACUCAUUGGAAAUGCCCGUAAUGACCACGAGGCUUUGUUGUCGUCAUCAGCUGCCUCUUCGCUGUCCUCAAGUGGUCAGGGUCCGAGGUCACUCAUUGCUGCACAAAAAACCGACGAUGGUUUUGCCAGUUAUAAAAACACCAGCAAGGACUCUGAUACUCGUAACAAUAUUGAGUAUUAUGGCUCGGACGAAGAAAAUGAAGAAAGUAAUGAUGACGACGAGGAAAUGUAUGACAUCGAAGAUUACGAAGGAGAGAAGGACUUAUCUCUAACUGAUGACCAAGAGAUGAUACCCACUUAUGAAAAAUACGAAUCAAGUUCUUCCCUAGGGAAAAAUGUCAAAGAGAACUUCAGGGGAAGUAACAACAACUUUGUAUCUGAAUCCCAACGACUGCAAAGUUCCAAAAGUAACGGAGCCGACGGUCAGAAUGCCAGUGGCGUGUGGACUAGUAAUAACUGGCACAAUUUGACAGAAAGCAGUGAAAACGUUAUAGCUAGGCGGCCUUUGCAUAUUCAGAGAAUUAGGCAAAACGCCACUAAGAAAUUACCUCAGGCCAUCAUCAUUGGAGUUAAAAAAUGCGGUACACGAGCCCUGUUGGAAUACCUUCGGUUACACCCUGAUAUGAAGGCAAUACAAACAUAUGCCUUUGAACUUCGUCUGUCCUUCAUUCUCUCUAUCUCUCUCUCUCUCUCUCUCUCUCUAUCUAUCUAUCUAUCUAUCUAUAUACAUAUAUAUUGUAUAAUUAUUUCCUUAAUUUUUCUCCAUCACUAUUUCUAUCUCUUUAUCUCUCUCUCACUCUCUCUAUCUAUCUAUCUCACAUUCUCUCUCUCCCUCUCUCUCUAUCUAUCUAGCUCUCUAUCUAUCUAUCUAUCUAUCUAUCUAUAUAUAUAUAUAUAUAUAUAUAUAUAUAUAUAUCUAUAUCACAUUCUCUCUCUCCCUCUCUCUCUAUCUAUCUAG